GGAACAGCAGCUGGUACAUCAGCAAAGCAGCCUGCACAACAUCAGUACCUGUGUGGGGCCUGGCUCUCUGCCGCACCUGCCCUGGAUCCCCCUACAAGCCUUGUGCCUGCAAUUCCCAAGCAGUUGGAUUUGGUAUUUUCCUUGGAUUUAGGACUGAAGUUCCCGUCUUCCAACUUGCUAGAUGUUGCACUUGAGGUCAUUCUUACAUGUGCCUCUGUCUCUCAAGCAGCUGAGGGCGCCCGAAGAGCCCUGGCUCAAUUUGGAGAAAAUCCUGACGUUUACAGGGAGCUCGCCGUGGAUGGCAGCCUCUUUACUGUGAAAUGGGCUGCCCUGGACCAAGGCUGCCUCCAGACAGUGCUGAACGAAUUCCUGAACGAUCUGGCCCUGCUCUUACGUACCAUGCGGCGCUUUGGGCCCCCAUUUCUUACCGAGUGUUCUGGAGGAAAAGGGGGUUGAAGCCCAUGCUGCCAUGCCAGACAGUCCAAACUUCCCCAAGGCCUAUGUUUCGGUAUUUACUGCCAUGUCUUUCAUAGAACCUAGUUUUCUCUGCCCUUGUAUUCAUUGGGUGUUUGAGCCCACUUGUUUUG